CAUGAGCAAAGUAUUUGCUUUAACUCCCUCCCACCUCUUCUUUUUUCAUCUCCCUCCCAUCUCCUUCUGCCGGGCGUUGCCCGUCUGACUAUAUAUACUCGGAUAAAAUCCUCUUGAACUCCCGCUUUUCUCUCAAACCCAUUUUGUUCACUCAGCCUCCUCGUCUGCGCCCACCUAUCUCUGCAACCAUGAGUGACUUGGAGAAAUGCAUGGAGAACCUCAUUGUCAUUUUCCACCGCUACGCCAAAGACGACGGCGAUGGCAGGACGCUAAGCAAAAAAGAACUGAAAAAACUACUGGAGGUAGAGCUACCCACCUUCCUCAAGACUCAAAAGAACCCCAAAACAGUGGAUUGCAUCUUGCAGGACCUGGACCUGAACAAAGACGACAAGUUAGACUUUGAAGAGUUUCUCCCACUGGUCGCGGGCCUCUCCUUGGCGUGUGAGAAGUGCUACGUGCUCCACCAAAAGAAGGGCAAACAAUAAAGGCAAUGGACACUUCAGUUCUGAGAGUCUGUAGUGUUACAUGAGUAUAAACCUUUGACUGAA